AUCCAGGGAAAAUCAUAUGUUCAGCUAGAUGCAUUGAUUUAUUGGGUGAAUCAUCGAUAUUUUAUGGUAAAUAAACGGACAAUAUAAAUGUAUCCGUUAAGACUGAUAUUUCAGCCAUCAACGCCAGGUGGCACUAUCUAUAGUUGCGCCUCACUCACUGUUGCAAAUGCAUUGUCAAUGUCCUUUGCUUAGUCGAAGCUUUAUACCGUGCAUUUUUGCUCUCUAGUGACCAUGGCUGCUGAUGCAGCUAGACAUCGCAAAUAAUCUGCAUUAAUUUAAAUUAGCAUAGUAUCGCCUGACGACACACGUCUUUUGUCAAACGGACUACCUUGGUUAUGGAUGAGCCGGAGCUUCUGCUGGACUCCAAUAUCAGACUUUGGGUGGUCUUGCCCAUCGUUUUUAUCACGUUCCUUGUCGGGGUGAUUCGACAUUAUGUCUCCAUUCUGCUUCAGAGUGACAAGAAGCUGACAUUAGAGCAGGUGUCAGACAGCCAGGUUCUUAUCAGGAGCAGAAUCCUCAGAGAGAAUGGGAAGUACAUUCCGAAACAGUCUUUCUUGAUGAGGAAGUUUUAUUUCAAUAAUCAAGAAGAUGGCUUCUUAAAAAAUACCAAAAGGAAGGUUGUUCCUCCCUCCCCAAUGACAGACCCCAGCAUGCUGACAGACAUGAUGAAAGGCAACGUGACCAAUGUACUUCCCAUGAUCCUCAUCGGAGGCUGGAUCAACUGGACCUUCUCAGGGUUUGUCACAACCAAGGUUCCCUUUCCUCUCACCCUGCGCUUCAAGCCCAUGUUGCAACAAGGAAUCGAGUUACUCUCACUUGAUGCUUCCUGGGUGAGCUCAGCGUCGUGGUAUUUCCUGAAUGUGUUUGGGCUGCGAAGCAUGUACUCCUUAAUUCUAGGACAAGAUAAUGGUGCCGAUCAGUCCAGGAUCAUGCAGGAGCAGAUGAGUGGUGCCGCCAUGGCCAUGCCUGCAGACACAAACAAAGCCUUCAAGGCAGAAUGGGAGGCUCUUGAGCUAACUGACCACCAGUGGGCACUGGAGGGUGUUGAGGAGGAGCUAAUGAGCAGGGAACUGGAUCUAGAUGGAAUGUUCAGUAAGGAGUUGCCAACGGGUAUCUUCUGAGUGCCAAUUCAUCACUGCAGGGAACCUGCCACUUGGCAAAAUGGUAGUCUUACUUAGAGGCAGACUUGGAGUUACUAUAGGAAAUGACAGAGUGGAACAAAGUCCCUGGGCUUUGAUGACAAAUGGAGAUUUAAUGUCUAAAUUAAUUUAACUUAUGUCAUUGUCCAUUUCAAGUUUAAUUGGAGAUAGUACCAAGUUCAAUUUAUAAUUGUAACUAUUUGAAAGAUUCACCGUCAGCUACUCAUGACAAAAAAAGGAUAGCAUACAUAAUCGAAAAACUGACAUGUUGUAUACUGUCAAAAACAAAACAUACAAAAGGUAAAUGUGCAUGUGUUGCACCACUUUUUGUUUUUAAUCAUGUUUACCUUGUAUUCUCAGAUUCCACCUACAAUGCCUUCAGAAAGUAUUCAUACCCCUUAUUCCAUAUUUGUUGAUACAGCCUCAAUUAAAAAUGUAUUAAAUGGACCCCCCACCCACCUAUACACAAUAGCCCAUAAUGACAGUGAAAGCAUGCUUUAAGAAAUGUUUUCAAACGUAUUGAAA